AUGUUGGCCCUUCGAGAUCAGGAAAACCUGGUAAACGCCCAUCAAACCGCCGCCGCGUCUAAGCCCUUGAACCAAGGCGUCAAACAACGAGCUCCCAAGACUCCAGGCAAAGCAACUUUCACCGUCCCUCUCAAUGACGAAAACAAGCCUUUACAGUUUGGAAAAGGCACCGUGAAGGGCAAGGGAAAGUCGAGCAAGGAUGCAUUUAUUACGCCUAUGGCACCCAGAAACCGUGCACCUCUUGGUAUGAAAACAACCAACCAAAAAGCCAAAGGCCUUCAGACACCCGCUCCUUUCGGAGGAACCCAGAAACCGGAGAAGACCAACCGCAGAACUUCAACAGCUCAGAAGAUAAAGAAAGCCGCCCCAGUGGUACAGCAAGCUCAGAGCCAAGUUUUCACUGAGGCUAUCGACGAUGAUAUUCCCGACAUUGAAUACAUGCCACCUAAGCCGAAGGAUCUCCCAGAUUUUCCAGAUGAUAUUACAUAUGAUACGACUUUCCCCCAGUUCCGUCCCCAGAACCGUGCUCUUGGUCUGGCCAGUGUAUAUGGAGUGGAGGAAGUUGGAAGUGAUGGCCUUACCAAGAAACAGCGCAAGCUCAAGGCCGAUUCCGCCUUGUAUGACAAGAUGAUCGAUAACAUGAUCAUGAAGCAAUUGGACGACGUUACAUUCGAAGAACUCAGCGAAGAUGAGUCUAUCAAGGCGCCGAUUCGGGAAAUUCGAAACAGCAGUCGAAACAGCAUCCGGGGACCAUCAGCCAACACUCGUUCUCGACAUAUUUCCACGCUUCGAUCUCGUGAGGCUGCUACUGCUCUCUCUGGUCCCAAGCCAAGUGCAGCUUCAGCUAGGUCCGCCGCUUCUAAACCCCAGGGACUGUUGUCCAUGCUGAUGCCCAAGAAACCUGCCAGACUCCCGAGUAAUCCAUCCUCUAUGCGCAAUACUGCUGCCACUGUGAUAUCAAAUAACACACUCGGAUACUCCAAGGGCCGAUCCGUUUCGUCCUCAUUGCGUGAGCAGAGUACCAGCCGGUCUGCCAGUCCGCAGACCACACUCUCUCCUCAUGAUUAUAUGCAGCUAUACGGUACACCUUCCCUCGGCUCGAGUAUGUGGACUCGUUGCAAAGCUGCAGGCUGCUUUGAUGUUGAAAUGAAUGAUGUGGAUGUCACAGGCGAGGAGCCAGAUGAGCUCCAGAUCCUAGGGGAGGAUGAAGAGGCAGAGAGCUUCCAGUUGACGCUCUAA